CUGUGUGGCAAGCUUGCUUGUUUGUCAAUCUUCUUUGUAUAGCUGACUGAGUCAGACUGACUGACUGACUGCCUCACGCUUCUUUGUGACGGACUGAGAUGAGCAAUGGCCGUGACCCAAAGAUGAAAGAUGAACAGAAUGAGAUGAACUUAGAGAAAGACAACCCCCCGUGCAUCCGCCUGCACUCGGUGCUCCUCCGGCUGCAUGAGAAUCGCCAUCGGUGACAGCCUCCUGCUCGGCCGCCGUGUGUCUUCUAUUGCCUUGCUCUCAGCUGAUGGCGCAAGGGGUGGCAGAGCGGGGUGAGACACCGGCUCAUGGUGUGCCAAUGUUUGUGUUGGCAUGGUUGGUAUUGUGCGGGUGGGUGGUGGCUUGGGUGGCCUGGCGAUGGCCCUGCCGAUGUCGCUCCACUUGUGGUCGAAAUCCUUGUUCUGAGACAGACAGACAGAGGGAGCCAAGAGAGACAGACAGACACCAGUGAAUAGUCUCUCUCUCUCUCUCUCUGUGUGUGUGUGUGUGUGUUUUGAUGGCACCGGAGGCAGAGGGAACAGGUUGGGCAUGUCAUUCGCCGCGUGGCUGAGUAUGUGCCAGUUCUCUCUGCAUUCACAAAGGCACAAAGAAACGCUCACUCAAGAGACAUCCUGCCUCAACUGUGUGUGCGCAUGCGCGAGUGUGUGAGAAGGACACCGAUUGUCUUGCCUCCACAUCUUCUGGGCUCGCUUGACGCUCCACAGCAUCGACGACCGCUGAAUGCAUGGCAGAGCCCCCAGACACCCCCGUCAUCCCACACACGAUGAAAGCCUCAGUCGGUUUUGGAGCCUACCGGGAAGACCCUCUCGUGCGUGUUGAGGAACCGCUGAGAGCACUCGCCUGACGCCGGUCCGCGAGGCACUGACAAGCAGGCGCACACACACACACACACACACAGAGAGAGAGAGAGAGAGGUCUGCUAUAGGUGCUGCUGUGUGGUGAUGGUGUGUAUGGCUUACGUAUCGCUUCUGAGGCACACUGUCGCAGCACAGGCGAGCGCUCGUAGUGUCUGCCCACGGCGCCCCUCUGGCUGAUCAGCUCUGCAGACAGACAGACAGACAGACAGACGUGCCACCCUCAGUCGAUGGACCAAGACUCAUGUGACGAGAGAAGAUACCGGCCCUCCGCUGCUUGGCCUUCUCGCCAGUCCUCUGGAUGCGAUCGCUGAUCCGCUUGGAUGACUGCGGGUGGAGACAGGCAGGGAGGCAGGCAUGUGUGUAGACGUGUGUGUGUAUGUGUGUGUCUCACGUCUUUGAAGAGAACGGUGUCAUCCUCUGGCAGGAGCGGCGAAUCGAUGCCUAAAGACACCACAAAAUGUUGCAAUUAGGGGAGAGAGGGGGGACGAGACAUCUCUCUGUUUCUCCCUUCCUCUCUCCCUCCCUCCCUCCCUCCCUGUCUCACCGACGAUUCCCCUGCUGAAUGUGUUGCGAAUGACGCGGGUCCUCUUGGACUGGAGACGCACCUCUGGCAUAAUGGCCUCCAGCUGACAUGGUACGCACACACCACAACGCCAAUGAGCAGAGAGGGGGAGGCCAGAACAUGUGGCACCUCGUCCAUUAGUGUCUUCAUCCUCCAGUGUUCCUCCCGCCGCUGGUGCGGUGUCAUCAGCCGCUGCUGCGAGUACAGAUCGUGAAGCUCACGGGCGAUCUCCUCUUGCUAGUGCGCGGAGCGGGAGAGAGACAUGGACACACGCAGCGGGUCUUUGUCUUACUUACCCUUCUGCGUUUGUCCUCGGUCGAGUCGAUGCGCACGCACCCUCUCUUCCUCUCUGCACGUGCACACAGACAUAAGACGCUCUCUCUCCCCCAUCCCAGGCACCUCCAGGCUGCAGAUCUGCCAUCGGCAUCGGCAGAUUGUUCAGAUCGGCUCCCUGAAAAGACACCAAACGCACAACCACGCACGCCCCACAAAUGCAGGCCAUCCAUCCAUCCAUCUAGCCAUGCCCCUCCUCACCUGAUACAGGGGUACAUGCCUGGGCACCCCCCUGAAUUCAGGCGACGGCCUGGCGCCGUGGGGGAGAGGCAUGGACCGAUCAAACACCCAAGGGGAUGUCGCUGCGGCUUCUCGGGCCCUGUUGAAGGGGCUGGGGUGGCGCUGUCCAUGGUCAGGCUCCACAAAGGGCCGCUGAGGGGAAGACAACCGAAGGGAGGGAGGGAGGAAAGGUGAUGGACGAACUGAAGUUCUCUCUUCCUUCGCACCAGUUUCUCUGCCGCACACGGCCUCUCAUCCAGUGGCAAGUGCCGGAGUGGUGAAUACGACAUGGGUUUCCAAUCAAUCCAAUCCCCCCAGGCAGGAGCAAUGAAUGCUUUGGAAGCGAAAGGGGGCCGUGCGUUCAGCUGUUUUUCGCUGUCCUGGAGGACGGUGCGAGGACCCCUUUCGAAUCCGAGCACGACAAGGAAGGGUCUGAGAAAAAAUUG